UAUAUUUUAUAUCUACCUGUUUUACCUAUAAUUUUGUAUUUUGUAUAUAAUUUAUCUAGUUUCAUCUUCUCAUUAGCAGUGUGUAAGCAAUAGUGUGUUCAACUUAUUGCAAAAAUUGCAUAUUUUGAACACCAAUUACUCAGUAUUACUUCACAUAUGCGCCUCUAUAGAGUGUAAUAAUGAUCAUUCUCUCGGUUGUUUUGUCUUUGGCGUUGAGUUUUUAUGGUUGCGCAUCAAACUCCGAACCGAUUGUAUUGAACAUUAUCGGUACGAUCGAUCCAGACGUUUUUAAGGCUGAUAACGACGUCACUGAUGGAAUUCCUUGCGUUCGUUAUACUUCACUCGGAGACUCUUACAUAUUUAAAGUAGUUGAAGACCAUAGUCUCAUUUGGCAAAGGAAAGCUACCCAGGAAAAAUGUACUGAGGCAUAUGUUUACCUUCACAACGACAAACCUUUUUUGGCUCACCUCACUAUAUCGGAUGAUGACACUCAAAGACCGUGUUAUGUUAUGAGAAAAGUUGGUACAUGGGCUCGUGUACCAAAAGAAACAUUUGAUGCUUCGAUUGCUCAUGAGAAAUCUACCAUACAAGGUGGCGAAUCAGCAUCUGAUGGAUUCAGUUUCCCAAGUAUAUCAGCAUUUGCGUUAUUUUGCAUGACAGUCUUUACAUUUCACAUAAUCGCCGGGUAAAAUUGCUUUGGAUGAAACAAUCCAUUCACAUUUGAGUUAAUUGUUGGAAAAU